CUCCUAAAUAAACCGGCAGUGACGUUACCAGCGCCAUAUUGGUGCAUCUGUUGUCUUUCUGUUUGCAGCUGGGUUUGAAGGAGCUCUGGGGAGAAAAGACGCCACCAUGGAGCUCAGUACACUUCUUGGUGCUUUUAGAGAUUUUGAGAAGAAAGGGAAAAAGGAAGCAUGCCCCAUUUUGGACCAGUUUUUGUGCCAUAUAGCCAAAACUGGAGAGACAAUGAUUCACUGGUCCCAGUUUAAAAGCUACUUCCUUUACAAGCUUGAAAAAGUCAUGGAUGAUUUUAAUGCUUCAUCUCCAGAGCAGAGGGGGGGUCCUGCCAAUCCAAAUGUUGAAUACAUUCCCUUUAAAGAGAUGAAGGAACGGAUACUGAAAAUUGUGGAUGGCUAUAAUGGAAUCCCUUUCACAAUCCAGCGUCUGUGUGAACUGCUUACUGAGCCGAAGAGAAACUACACAGGAACGGACAAGUUCCUCCGAGGUGUGGAGAAGAAUGUGAUGGUGGUCAGCUGUGUGUAUCCUACCUCCGAAAAAAAUGGCUCCAGUGGUGUGAACAGGAUGAAUGGAGUCAUGUUUCCAGGAAACGCGUCUGCUCUUCCAGAUAGAAAUGUAAAUGGUCCAGGAACUCCUAGGCCAAUAAAUAGAUCAAAGAUUUCUCUGUCAAGCAGCAUAACUGCCAAUGGUCUCCCAGACAGCACAGAGUCCAGCGAGCAAGGUGUACAACAGACCGAGAGAACAGACAGUGAUUCGUUGAAUUCAGAAACAGUAUGCUCAAGUGAAGGGAUGAUGAAGGGCAAGCACUGCAAGGACGAGGAAGAGGAUGAGGAGGAUGAGAACCGGCAUAAUGCGAAACGGCUUAAGUUUGAUAACUACACAGAGGAGGAGAAAGAAGCUUGUGAAAAGGAGUUUUCUUGUCACGCUCCUGUUGAGAGCUCAACAGAUGUUUCUGAGUCCUCUCUGCACAUUAGUGUGGAAGUGAAAGAUACAUCUACGCUUGUUUCUGAAGAUCAAGAGCCCUCCAGCACACAGUCCGAGUCUAGCGAUGUCCUGGCUGGCGAAUCAGGGACACUGGAUUAUCCUGGCUCUUCCCACAGUAAUGAAAAUGGGUGUGAAGCAGAGCAGGCAGAACACAAGGCACAGCUAAAGAGGAUGGACCCUGCAGAAUUAGAGGAGACAGAGGAAAACAGUGACCCAGUAAGCAGCAGCAGCAACAGUGGUAGUGAGGAAGCAGAGCGUCAUGCAGCGUCUGCUCCUUCGUCUCCCAGCACUUGCACAGAGCCAGCUGCAGAGGGCAACAGCAUUGCACAGGAUGCACAGGACACCUCACAAAGCUCAGAGACUGAACAAGACUCUGUAGAUCAAGGCUGAAUGCACUUGUUUCUUUUCUUUUCUUUCUAUGUCUUUUUUCUGUCUUUCUUUUUAAUAAACACAGCACCACAUCAAUCCCAAACUACCAGCAGCCCUGGAAACAGAGUGCAAGUCUUAAUACCUCACACUAGAGGAGGGCUUUCUCAUGGUAAUGCAGAGAACCUUAUCCUCCUCACGUCUCUACACGAACUUUGCAUGGCCUUCUGACAGCCACACUUCAUGCUGUGUAUCUGUUCUUAUCUGGAGAAUGAUUUUAAUUUUUUUGUUUACUGACACAAGCCUACAGUGGUGAACAUAUGAUGAUCUAAUCAUGGUUAUCAUCCUGUUUCCCAAAACUGAUUUGCCACAAAUUUUCUAUAGAGGUGUUUGACUUGUGUGCACGUGGUGUCCCACCCUGUGUUUUAGUUUAUAUAUAUAUAUAUAUAUAUAUAUAUAUAUAUAUAUAUAUAUAUAUAUAUAUAUAUAUAUAUAUAUAUAUAUAUAUAUAUAAAUAAAAAUAUAAUUUUUUUUCUUCUUUUAAAUAGAGUGAUGCAGACAGAUGAGAGAAUCUACAAAUCAGGAUUAAAACAUUCCAGGGGCCUCUUAAAAAAUACUAUGUAGGAUUAAACCACUAGCGGUUGUAAUUCAAACACCAUCUAUUCCUGAACAAAGUCAACGUGUCUGUCUGGACGAUUCUGUAAACAGAAGCACUGGAAUAAAGCAUUUUAUACUUAUCAAAUCAUCAUUUUUAUGUUCCAGAAACCAAAACAAUCUGCGUUUAAUGGACCAAUACCUGUAUUUCUAAAAUUUGAAUUUAUUUUAUAGAAAUAACAGAAGUAACUGUUCAUGCAGCAAGAGUCUGACCAAAUGGCAAUUUAGUUUGAAUCAUCACAUUUUAUCUGUACUGCCUUCUGCAUUCACUUUGUUGUGACACAAAUGGAAAGUCAUUUUAUAAUUUUUUUUUUUUAUUUAUUCAACCACUCAGUUUUCUUGCUCUAGGAAUAUGAAAACUCUUAUCUGUAGUGAAGUUAGGCAUGCCUUUAUUGCUCUCUGGUGGAGUUUGAUCAAGCGUGGAGUAGAGGAGCUUUAAUUAAGUUCUUUCCUCUGCUCUUUUUUUUCUUUUGGAAGAAGUGCGUUAACAUGCCAACAGUCUCAGUUUCUUUUUUCUUCUUUUUUUUUUCUUGUAUCAUACAUUUUUAGUACUACUUGAUCAUCAUUCUAGCAUUUUAUGGUGCUGUUAAAUGGACUGUAAUUUCAACUGCGUUAGAUAUCUAUUCAGUUAGUUGGAAUGUAAGUAAUUUAAUUUAAAAUUACUAAUUGUAUGUUUGUGUUUUACCACUAUUGAGCAAUUCCUAUUGGUGUCUGUAAUAGGCCUUUCACAUUACAUUUCCUUUCCUAGCAAAACAGUUCCGAAAAUGGUGAUGAACUCCUUGAACACUACCCUUCCUCUGCAGCUUCGUAACAUCGGAGCUAACGUGGGCUUAGGCCGUCAUAUCUGUAACUAAUUUCAGGACUCUUUUUUUUGAUAUUUAGAAUUUUUAAAUUUCUAUAUUAAAUUAGAAUUUGUAGAAUGUCAUGAUUUGUUCAAAGCCUUUGUGUAAAGUAAUCAAUUUUAUGAUUUUUCUGUGAACUGAAUGCCUGGGCUUUCAAUACAGUAUUCAAUUCAAGUAAAGCAAUAAAUGUUAACAGUAAAAAUGUUGAUAAGACUUCAUUUGUGCAUGAUGAAGUAGCAGCCGUUAACAAUCGAUAAAUAAAUUUUGGAACACUGAA